AUGACGCCAGAGUGGUCGCCUGAGCACCGCCGCCUCCUCAGCCCCCCUCCGGCCGCGACAAGCACGCCUGCACCGGCCACCACGGACGCCGCUGCCGUGUCCUUGCCAGACGACGUCGUCUCUGACAUCCUCUCCAGGCUGCCGGUGAAGUCCGUGAGUCGUCUCCGGUGUGUCUGCAGAGGGUGGCGCGCCAUCGUCUCCGACCCGGGCUUCGCCGCCCUGCAUAGAUCUCGCCAGGCCGAGCCCCUCAUCAUUGCCAGCGUCUACCAGGAAUACCCCUGGGGAUCCCGCGACCUGCAGCUCAUGGACAUGGACGGCAAUGUUGUGAAGGUGAUCAAGGGCGGAGGAAGCAUCGGGCUGCUCUCCACAAGCAUGGACGUCAUAGUCUGUGUUACCGAUGCUUUCUCCUAUGACGCUCACGUGGUUGACCUUGCCACGGGGGAUGUGCUCGAUAAAAGGUGCUCACAUGCUGCAUGUUUCAUGAAUUCUGUAUACAAGUACAACUACAAGUAUCUCGAGAAAAAAAAGUACAACUACAAGCAUUUGUUUUUUGCGGGUAAACUACAAGCAGCUAAUUGA